UCAAUCUACCUCCGCUCGUUAUCCUGCAUAAAAGAGAGCAUAGUUGCCCUUCGGUUAAGUUAGGCAAUCAAAUGUAUGAGAUAUACGGAAACGAUGGGCUGUUAGUAACAGAGUUUUGUCGACGAUAUAAUUGCUCAGUGGAAUUGAUUAUUGACGAAAUCAACCAAUUUGGUACGAUUCAUCCAAACAAAACUGGCAAUGGGAUUCUUGGAAAUCUAGUGGAAAGGCGAGCUGAUAUUGGAUUUGGAGGGUUAAGCAGUUGGCACGGUCCGCUAAAGUAUCUGUCAUUUUCCAAACCAAUUCAAAGGGAUAGUGUCACUUGUCUCACGCCGAAGCCUAGGAAUGCCAGUUUAAGAACAGUUCCAAUUUUUGGACCAUCCAUCGACACCAAAGAUGAUCUAGCACAGAGUGAUCUCACAUGGUGGCAAACCCAUGAAGCGUGGGUGUUCUCAUUGAUUCUCUCGGAGAAUCCCACAAUCAAAAAGCUGGUGUCCAAUUUUCGAUCCGGUUCCCCUUCGGUGCUUCAAGAGUUGGCUGAUCAGGGUAAUGUUGCCUUCGCAAUUGGACGCCUUAAUAAAGAUCAUCUCUUGCUUGGUGAAUGGUUCACCGCACGAAAUAUCCACGAAUAUCAAGUUAUGAGAGAAGAUUUGUACGAAGAAUACGAAAUAUCUAUGGCCACAAAAACGUGGCCUCUGAUGGAACAGUUUGAUACGCUGACGAUGCGAACAGAGGAGGCCACAAUUCGGUACUAUCAAGAACUAAACGCUAUCUACGAAAGUAGUGAUUACGACGUCCAAACAGCGGCCACUAAUUCCCGUUUGCAGGAACCAUAUACACCUCACGCACUUAAUAAGGAUGACCUUCUUGGGGGAUUUUUUAUUGUAUGCCUGGGAUCGAUCGUUGCAGUAAUUGUAUUCGCGAUUGAACUAUCGCCAAUCAAAACAAAAUCUAGCAAAUAG